AUGGCAGGGGUGGCACUGCAGGGUCCCCCAGGUCCCUUCCGCACCAACCUCCAGCAAGGCCCCGCCCACUCAGUGCGCGCAUGCGCGGCGCGGGGUCACCGAAUCAGCGCGAGCGGGACGCGCAGGCGCGCUGGGGAGCGGGCCGCGUUCACUUCCGGCAUAGGGAGCGGCGGCGUGAGCGGCGGGACUGAGGGGAACAACGGGACCAUGGCUCGCAAUGCGGAGAAGGCCAUGACGGCCUUGGCAAGAUUUCGGCAGGCCCAGCUUGAGGAAGGCAAAGUCAAGGAGCGAAGGCCUUUCCUUGCGUCAGAGUGUAAUGAGCUGCCCAAAGCUGAGAAAUGGAGGAGACAGAUCAUUGGGGAGAUUUCCAAGAAAGUGGCACAGAUCCAAAAUGCUGGAUUGGGUGAAUUCAGAAUUCGGGACCUGAACGAUGAAAUAAACAAACUUCUGAGGGAGAAAGGACACUGGGAGUACAGAAUAAAGGAGCUGGGAGGUCCUGAUUAUGCUAGGAUUGGCCCGAAAAUGUUAGAUCAUGAAGGGAAAGAAGUUCCAGGAAACAGAGGCUACAAGUACUUUGGGGCUGCAAAGGACUUGCCAGGAGUUAGAGAACUUUUUGAAAAGGAACCCCUGCCACCCCCACGGAAGACUCGGGCUGAGCUUAUGAAGGACAUCGACGCCGAGUACUACGGCUACAGGGAUGAAGAUGAUGGGAUUCUGGAGCCCCUGGAGCAGGAGCAUGAGAAGAAAGUUAUAGCAGAAGCGGUGGAAAAAUGGAAGAUGGAGAGAGAAGCACGACUUGCAAGAGGUGAGGAGGAGGAGGAAGAAAACAUCUAUGCUGUCCACGAGGAAGAGUCUGAUGAGGAAGGUGGCAAGGAGAGAGAAGGUGAAGACGGCCAACAGAAAUUUAUUGCACAUGUUCCAGUGCCAACUCAACAGGAGAUUGAGGAAGCUCUUGUACGAAGAAAGAAGAUGGAGCUGCUCCAGAAGUAUGCCAGUGAAACCCUCCUGGCACAGAGUGAGGAGGCAAAGACACUCUUAGGAUUGUAACAUUGCACCAGUCCUGCUUUGUGUGUAAUCCCUCUGAAAGCAACAGGUUCCCAAGUUCUGGUAGCAGUGGGUUUUAGCUUUGAAAGUUCCUUUGGAUGUGGAGCAAACUGCUGGAGUUACAGUGUGGUGUGCAGAAGGAGAACCAUCUUUCUGGUUUCUCAUGUAGGAUGACUUGUUGUCCUGUCUGCUGUGUCCUGAUUGCCAGUGUGUACAUCUUCUCAUGCUGGGUUUUGUUGAGCUGAGAAGUAACUUACACUAUUACACCUGCUUAGUUGACCAGAAUAACCUGGAAUCUGUCUAGAGGUGCCUUGAAGGCAGAUCUUAUGAGUGACUUUGGAGGAGAUUUGAUUCUUUCUAAAACACAUGCAGUGUCUAAAACCUGUUACCCUUUUUGUGGUUUGUAACUGUGCCUGGAUGCACUGCUUAAAUGGUGGAUAUUCCAGCAGCUACUGUAAAAAACUUUGCAAUACCUUGUUCAGAUGUUUUUAUUAAAACUUGUUUACAAGCUGA